UAAUUAGUUUAUAUCAGGUAUAUAAAUUCAGCGCUUCAAACCCGUUACUAAUGAUGAUCGCUAGUGCGUACAAGUGGUAUCCUUUAAUUUCGAUAAAACCAACAUAACGUAACUAUGAACUCGCUGAUGCUAAUUAUCGUGAUAUUACUACCAUUAUGCUUUGGUGCGGAUAACUACAGCUGGUAUCCAACAUUCCACUUUUCCCCACCGAAGGGUUGGAUGAAUGACCCCAACGGACUGAGCUAUUACAACGGAUAUUACCAAGCUUUCUACCAAUAUAAUCCCUACGACACUGAAUCGGGUUGGAUGCACUGGGGUCACGCUAGAAGUACCAACUUGUUAAAAUGGGAACAUCUACCUAUUGCACUAACUCCAUCGCUACCCGAAGAUAUAGAUGGAAUCUUCUCCGGAUCCGCAGUCGUGAGUGACGGAAAUUUAAUACUUAUGUAUACAGGGGUGAGUGGAAACUCGACCCAUCAAGCCCAGUGCCUUGCAAACAGUACCGAUGGAAUAAAUUUUGAUAAAUUAGGUCUUGUUCUGAAGAAAAACGGCAGCGAUUUAAAUUUUAGAGAUCCCAAGGUUUGGAAACAAGGAGAUUCGUGGUUUGUGAUCAUUGGUUCUAAGACAGAUGAUGAUAGGGGAGAAGUCCUCUUAUACCAGUCGCUUGAUCUUAAAAGUUGGGACUAUCAAGGCGUGUUAGCUCAAGCAGACGAAACGCUAGGUUACAUGUGGGAAUGUCCUGAUUUCUUCACGUUGGGAGAUAAACAAAUUCUAUUGAUAAAUCCACAAGGUAUGGAGCAAAACGGAUACGAUUACCAGAACUUGUAUCAAACGGGCUACUUUGUUGGAACAUGGCAACCUGGUGAACAAUACAUUAUAGAGAAAGGUUUUAAAGAAAUAGACCACGGUCAUGAUUUUUACGCUUCACAAACUUUCCUAGCUCCAGACGGACGACGGAUUUUGAUUGGCUGGUUAGAUAUGUGGGAAUCUGUCUUUCCCGAACGUCAGGAAGGAUGGGCUGGAAUGCUCACUUUACCUCGUGAACUUACCUUAUCAUUAAAUGGAACUAUAGAAAUAAGACCUAUAAGAGAAGUUGAAGAUUACCGAACUGAGGAUGUAGUUUCAAACAACUCAGUAACUCUAAAUGACGACUCAAUAUUUGUUUUAAAAGAACAAGUUACUUCAAACGAAAUUAUCAUAGAACUGGAUCCAGUUAAAAGUAACGCUUCUACGUAUGGAGUCAGGCUUGGAGAUGAGGAUCAAGGAGUAUUUGUAUACGUCGAUACAGAAAAACAACGUUUGUUUGUAGAAAGGAGUUAUCCACAAUUUAAUAUUAGUAGAAGCGAUAGAAGCGUUGCAGUGGAUUUGUCAAAUCCAAUUUAUUUAGAUAUAUUCGUGGAUAGUUCUUCCAUUGAAGUAUUCGUAAACGAUGGAGAAUCGGUAUUAAGUAGCAGAAUAUACCCAACAGAAUUGCAAAGAUCUCUUGCUGUGUUUCAUUCUGAGGGAUCUGUCACAGUGAACAAAUAUAGUAUUUGGAAUAUAUAAAGUGUCAGUGUAUUUAUUUUUAAAUUAUUAAAAUCUCGUUUAUUCAAUUAUACAUUAUUGCAUUUACCGAAAAUUAUUAUUACAAAUGUCUGUUAGUAAUAAACAUAUUUUUUUUAAAAUUAACCACUUCAAAUUGUAAACAUUCCAAAAUUGCUAUAUUCCGGUACAUUACACAACGAAUAAAUAUUAUAAAAGAUA